GAAUGGCCUCAUCGCAGUCUACUAGGCGACGAACAAGCGGUGAGAGCCACUCAGCGCCGGAUGGUGUAAGGCCUCCCUGGUGUUGACCGUUUAGUACUCCUCGUAUUGCUCUGUAAAUGACGGUCUCGUAAAUCACAGUCAAGAACCAAGGAAAGGAGAGUCUGCUGCUUCCUGUCUACCGCUUGUCUUGGGAUGCAGCCGGGGACCAUAUCCAGCCUAGCAGACUGGAUUCUGGGCCUAUAAAAAGCCCUCCAUAUCAGCAGAGGGAGGUAAGAAUUCUGUACUUGUUCCUACGCCAUACCUCCAGUUCUCACUCUCCGGGCUCUGUACUAAGCCACUCGUACCUACUCAAUCCUACACAAUGACCUCCCUGCCGACCACUGCUAUGGCUCAAAAUCAAGUCAAAGACUCGGACAUAAUGGUCCUCAUAGCGGCAAUUCAGAGCUCAGUGGGGCCAAUCCAGGUUGACGCGGAAAAGGUGGCAAGGCAACUAGGCAUGAGCUUGUCGAGCAUUCCUCCGAAAUUCACAACGAUCCGCAAGCGGUACAAUAUUGAUAUCAAAGUGGUCAAUUCGGGUGCCUUGCAGAGGAACAGGCUCAAUAACAGUCCCAGAAAGAGACAGACCGUCAAUGGCCCUAGGAUUAUCAGCCCCAUCAAUCCUCCGACGCAGACACAUUCCCAUGAACCUGCCCUGUCGCUUGAGAUGUACACAGAUCCAGAGGCCAAGCCUGUUCUUGAAGCAUGAUGGAGCAAUGGUGCAAUAACCAUGCCUGACCGCUUGUUGGUAGAAUAUGUACCAACUUCAAUGCCCAUAUCCAUGCGGAUGCCUCGCAUAUCAAUUCAUACCCUGCUAUUGUGGCAUUAAAAGUGGUUCCUCAUCAUCAAAUGGUUGGGGGAGCAACUCCGCAAUGCGUGCAUUUGCUUCUUCCAGCUGUUUGUUGAGGUCAUCUUUGGCCGACUCUGACUCUGCCAGUCGUGACUUGGUGUCCGACAACUCCUUAUUCUUGGCAGCAAGCUUUUCUUGCAGUUCUUGGACUUCUUUGGCAGCGGCUUUUUCCUCCUGCCGCUUCUUGUCUGAUUCAGCCACACUUUGAGUCAACUGCUUGAGCUUGUCUGUCGAACCAAAGUAAGGUGCGAGUUUGGGAUCUAGUUCUCUGAGGGUCUUCCAUUGCUUAGAAAGGGUGUUCACACUCGGCAGAGUGUCAGGAUCUUCCAAUGCUACAAAAGUAGAAAGGUGGUCAGUGAUGGCACCAGGAGAUUGAUUUUGGAACAUACCAUAUGUAGCCCGCACAGUAGCCAUUUCACCGUGAUUCAAUCGUGCUUUGUCUUUCUUGUCAGAAGCAGUAAUCACACAGAGCAUCCGUAAGGCGAGCUGGAA